UUAAGGUGAUAUUUCUGCUAUUCCUCUGAAACAGGAAGAAGCAGAGACACUGCAAGAAGUGACCAGAUCCUGUCAUGCACAUGCACUCUGCUGUAGACAUGAUUUACCCUCUGAUUCUCUCUGGGAUUUUACUUCACAUCACAGGUGUUGAAUGCUAUACUGGUUGGUCAAACCCUACAUUAACUGUUAAGACUGGAGGAUCUGUCACCAUCCCAUGUCAUUAUGAUGAGAAAUACACACAGCAGAAGAAAUUCUUGUUCUCAGGAACUGAUAAAUCUAAUACAUUCACAAACACAACAGAGGAGAAUCUGUCAGUAAUUGAUCAUCCUGAUCAGAGUCUCUUUACUGUGACUAUAAGAAACCUGCAGAACAAAGACACUGGAAAUUAUUAUUGUGUUGUGGAGACUGGAGAACAACCACCGAUAAAAAUGAUAUAUGAGCCUUAUCUCAAGAUUCAAUCUGCUCCUGAUGUGUCUGUGGUGAACAGCAGUGUAUCUGGACAUGAAGGUGGUGAUAUCAGUGUUCAGUGUUUCUACAGUCCUAGAUAUCAGGAUACACUCAAGCAGUGGUGCAGAUAUAAAGAUAAGAUGUGUUACACAGUGGGGAGGACUAACACAUUCCAGAAUUCAUCAGUUCAGAUCAGUGAUGAUGGGAGAGGAUCCUUCACUGUGCUGAUGACUGGACUGAGACUCACUGAUUCUGGCUGGUACUACUGUUCUGCUGGAGACACACUGAAUCCUGUUCAACUCACUGUAAAUGAGGCAGAACCAGGCACUGUCAAUGACAAAGUAUGGCACAUGGAGCGUUUCUGUUUGGCACAUAACUAGAGGAAUUUUCUCCACAUUGACCUGAAGGAUCAAAUGAUUAUAAAAGUGUUGAUAAUAAGCUUUAUAUUCUGCAUUUGCUUUGUUUAUUCAGCAGACUAGACUUAAGGUAUCUGUGUGUGGAAACCACUAGACAUCUGUGUUUGCUAAAUGACUUUGUUUGUUUGUUUGUUUGUUUUUUCAAAUGUCACUCCUUUCAUCCAAAAUUCCAGAUUUUUCUAAUUCCUAAUAAAAAGUUUAGAGUCUC